AACUUUAAACCAUGCCUUUUGCUGGGAAGCUUGUGAGUGAAUUCAACAUAAAUGUAGCUGCCGAAAAGUUUUACAAAACCUUCAAAGAUGGAUGUAUGCACCUUCCUACCAUUUCUCCAAAAUUCAUCAAACAAGUUGAAGUUCAUGAAGAUGGUAAAGCCGAAGUCUUAAAGGAGCAAGUGGAGUUUGAUGAUGAGAAACUAAUGGUAAAGAAGAUUGGAUUAGAAGGAGAUGCACUCGAUCAUUACAAAACCAUAAAAUUUGUAUAUCAAGUUGUGCCAAAGAGUCGUAAACAUAGUUUAUUAAUUUUGACAGUUGAAUAUGAGAAACUCGACGAUGACUCUCCUCAUCCAUACAAAUACAUCGAUAUUAUGAUUGGUAUGACCAAAGAUAUGGAAUCUCAUAUGAAUUAUUGAGAACCCUCAAUGUUUUAGGUGGUGGAGCUUCUCAUUUCAAUUUCGUUUUGAUAGGGGGUUGGUUAUUAUGUUAUGUAUCUCUAUACAUUUCCUUGUUAUGUUAUAUGUAAAGUAAAUAAAAUACUAAAAGUAGUAAAAUAAAGAAACGAAAACAAUGGCAACUAGUGAAGA